ACUGACCCACAACACACAGACACACUGACCAACACUGCUGCACUAACUCUGUCCGCAUGUUUAGUGGGUUUAAAUGAAGCUAGCUUAGGCUGGCUAAUUAAAAGUGUCUCUGUUUCUGCAGGAUCAUGUUGAUGUUGUCAUGUAUUUAUAAUUAAAGCCGGUUGAAUGCAGUGGUGCAUGAAAAAAUCCGAACGUUUCUUAUCAUAGUCUGCUUGUUUAAUGUGUGUGAGAAGUUUUCCUGUAUCAUAAUGAUUGAAAUCAAGUCAACUUUAUUCAUACAGCUUAUUCAAAACAACAGCUAUUGAGUCAAAGUACAGAAAAAAGACCACAAAGUCAAAUUAUUAACGAUUAAGACCCUACAAAAUGAUAUAAAAAAAUUUACCCGAUUAAAUUGGAUAAGAUGGUAGUAUAAACCUACAUUGUUAGUCUCAACAAUAUUAAUAACUAUGCAAACAUAGUUGAGUAAUUCAAAUCUUUCAGUUAAAAUGCGAGAAAAUCAUACAGAGUGCCUAUUAAAAGUUUGAACAUCCCUUCCUUUGAAUCAAGAAAAUGAUAGUGCUUUUGGAAAAUAUUCACACUCCUUAGAACAUUUAUUGCUUUUCAACCUUGGUUCAUGGUCUUAUUAGUUUGGCUUUUGUUUUUACAAGAAUAAAAAAAAGGAAAUACAUUUUGUGAAAUUAAAAACAUCUGCAAAAUCAGCCGAUCUAAUUGGAGCAAAGAAGUGUCUUCCAGUUGAUUCUACAAUUUUAAAACUUGUAAUAAUUUAAAUAUUAAAAUUAAGACAUAAGAAAGUAAUAUACAGUGCCUAUGAAAAGUAUUGGAACUUGGAAUGUUUAUUGAUUUUUAACAUUGAAUCAUUGUCAGUUUAAUUUGGCUUAACAAAAGUUUACAACAAAAAGACUCUUUCAUGUCAAACUGAUAUUGAAUACAGAUUUCUAGAGUCAAAAAUCUCACAUUUGGUCUCAUCAGAACAAAGAAUCUUGUUCCAGUUGACUCUACAAUAUUAAUAAAUAAGUGAAUUUACCCCCCAAAAAUGUAGAUGUUAAAGAUUAAAAAAACACGCAACACUAAAUAAAAUAUUUACCCCCUUGGAACUUUAAUUCCUCUUCAACACUGAGACAUAGUGAGUUAAGUUUGUCUUUUUUGACUACAACUUACAAAACAAAAUUCUUUCAUGUCAAAGUGAAAACAGAUUAAUGCAAAGUCUGACAGCCAGAAAGAUUUGGUCUUAUUAGAUCAAGGAAGUGUCUUCAACAGUAUUAAUACUUGUGCAGAUUUGCCAGAGUAAUUUAAAUAUUCAGGUUAAUAACAUGGAAUUUGUGUGCAUUGCCUAUGAAAAGUACUCAUUCACCUUGGAGCUUGUACAACUUUUCAAUUUUGAAUUGUGUUUAAUUUAAACACAAGUAUUAUUAUACAGGAAUAUCAUGUACACUUCAUAUAAAAAGUACUCAACCUCUUUGGAACUUGUAUUUUUCAGCAUUCAAUCAAGGUCAAUUUAACUGAGCUUGAAUUGAGUCUGUCAUUACAAAAUUGAAGGAAUAUGGUACAGAAAUCUUUAACAAAAUCCAGACUAUAAGCCGCUUCACUGCCAAAAUCUGCUGAGGUGGUCCUUGUGUCAUUUUUGACCUUCCCUGAAAAUUUCACCCAAAUCCGUUAUUCUGUUUUUGAGUAAUGUUGCACACUGAAAGACAAACAGACGGGCAAACGUACGGCUAUCGUCACAUAACUCCGCCACAUUCCUUGACAGAGUAAAAAAAAGCUUGUAUUAAAUCUUGACUAGAGUUCACCAGAAGUCACCUGGAAACCUCUAAAGGCAACUGGAAGAAGAUCUUUUGGUCUGAUGAGACCAAAAUUGAGCUUUCGCGAUGUCAGAGUUUGUGGACAUCCGUUUUCACUUAAACAUGAAAUUUUUCUGUGGGGGUAAAUUUCUGCACAAAAGCCAAAUCAAAGUGACCAAUGUUGAAACACAAUAAAAGGGGAACAUUUCCAAGCAAGUCCUUUUUUAGGUCCUGAAUAAUACAAGCUAACCCGACUGAUUUAAACGUUAAGCUUAAGAGCCUCAAUAUUAUAUAUCCUAACAAGUUUACUUGGCAAAUUAAAAAAUUAAGGUUAAGAUCCUAAAGAAUUACAUGUGCAUGGAAAACCAAACAUAUCCAAUAACUUCCUUUGAGCAAACAUAUUGGUGACAGUUGAGAGACAAACCUCCAGUCCACCCAAAAAUCAUGAUAGCCUGAGCUGUACACUUACAGCAAAUAAGAUGUCAAACUACUGUCCUUUCAGAGGACUGUCCACCGGCCUGCAGAACGGCAUCUGAAUCCAGCCGAAUGUAAGUCACUUUAUUUGCCCGUUUAGUAGCAAAACUAAUACAGACGCAAUUAGUUCAACUAAUAUUUUUAUUCAGAGUUGCACCUCUUCAUUUUUCAUUCAUUUCUUCUAUGGUCCAUGUCUCAGCCUUUUAGAACAUUUGUAAUAAUUCUUGUUAAAUAUCCUGUUCUGUUCAUUGUAUAUAUCUUAUUUGCCUUGCAAGUAUGUGUCUAUGCUUGUUUUCUAACUAUGGACGAUGUGAAUCCAUCAAUCUGACUUCCUGUUUAAAUGUCUUGCACAGGAACAGAGCGACCGCAAAGCAUCUAAUUGAGCGCUACUUUCGGCAGUUAACUGAAGGCUGUGGAAAUGGCAACUGCACGAAUGAGUUUUGCGCAUCAUGUCGCGAUUUUCAACCUUUGGAUAGCAAUUCAGCAGCUGCCAAAGCGCUUGAGCUGUUUAAGAUUAAUGCCAAACUCUGUGAUUAUUACCCCUCCUUCAAGUCCAGCGCAGACGGAAGUUCUCUGCUGGAUAGUACGAUGAGCGAUAAAGACACCAAGGACGACUUCUCAGACGUCCAUUACCUCACUGAGAACAACAUCUGUAUGAUCCUGAAUUUCUGUGAGGAGGAAGGGGAUUAUUCUGCUCUCGUCCGUGUCAUCGGCAGGGUUUUCUCCAACGCUGAAGCCCUGAUGAAGAGUUUCAAGAAGGAUGAACCAAACGCCACUGAAAACUCUUGCAAACCAAAAGAUGGGGAGAAACAGAAUGAUCAAACCUUGGAGAAGACGGGCGCCGCCUCUGCAGCGACUUUGCCAGAUGAUGCGUUGAAUGACGCGUUGAGCGCCUGUGAAGUUGCGGUGGACAUCCCGGCUGUGAGGAGAGUCUACGACAGACUCCUGUCCAUCGACCAGGUGGAGGCAUCCCUCGUAAAUGCGCUCAUUUAUCUCACUCCAAAUGUGGAACUUGACCUGGAAUAUCUUGACGUGUAUGAAGGAAACCCAGAUUACCUGAAUAUCUUCAUCAUUGUCAUGGAGAACAGUAACCUGCACAGCCCUGAGUACCUCGAAGUGGCGUUACCGCAGUUCUGCAAGGCAAUGAGCAAACUGCCGGUAACUGCGCUCGCCAGGCUGUCGAAGCUCUGGUCAAUGUACGGCCUCCCGCACAUCCGCCGUAUGAUGGAAACCUUCCAGCAGCUCAUCACAUUCACAGUUGUUAGCAAUGAAUACGAUGCUGAAAACCUGGUAAAUGAUGACGAGACGGUGGUGGCUGCAACCCAGUGUUUGAAGAUCAUCUUCUAUGCAAGUAUCCUGGCAGGUGAUGUGGAUGUAGAGCACAACGAGGAGGACGAGGAAGACUCGGAUUCUGAUGAGCUAACGCUGCAUGAGUUGCUGGGUGAAGAGCGGCUCUAUAAGAAGGGCCCUCGGGUCGACCCUCUAGAGAAGGAACUGGGCAUCCGAACUGUAGAUAGUAUACGCCCCAUCAUCCCCUUUGAGGACUUUGUCAAUGAGUCACUGAACGAUGUAGUCGAGAUGGACAAAGAUUUCACCUUCUUCAAGGUCAACGCCGAAACUAAAUUUUCUUUCCAGAGCUGCCCCUUCAUCCUCAGUGUCAUCACCAAGAACCAAGGGCUUUACUACGACAACAGGAUCAGGAUGUACAGCGAGCGGCGCCUCACAGCCCUUUACAGCAUGGUGCAGGGGCAACAGCCAAACCCAUAUCUGAAGCUCAAAGUUCGCAGAGACCACAUCAUUGACGAUGCCCUCGUCAGACUGGAGAUGAUUUCCAUGGAGAACCCGUCAGACCUGAAGAAGCAGCUGUUUGUUGAGUUUGAAGGGGAGCAAGGUGUUGACGAAGGAGGAGUUUCAAAGGAGUUCUUUCAGUUGGUUUUGGAGGAAAUUUUCAACCCUGACAUAGGAAUGUUCACCUAUGAUGAUGAAACCAAGCUUUUCUGGUUCAAUUCGUCCUCGCUGGAAAAUGAAGCACAGUACACUCUCAUUGGAAUUGUCCUGGGACUCGCUAUUUACAACAACUGCAUCCUUGACGUCCAUUUCCCGAUGGUUGUCUACAGGAAACUCAUGGGAAAGAAAGGGACCUACUUGGACCUGUCAGACUCACAUCCAUUUCUCUACCAAAGUCUGAAGGGACUGCUUGAAUAUACCGGCAAUGUGAAGGAAGACAUGAUGCUUACCUUCCAGAUAUCACACACAGACCUUUUUGGAAACCCUGUAUUGUAUGACUUGAAGGAUCAGGGAGACCAGAUCCCUGUUACUAUUGAGAACAGGCAGGAGUUUGUGGAUCUGUAUGUUGACUACAUCCUGAACACCAGCGUGGAGAGACAAUUCAGAGCCUUCAAAAAAGGUUUCCUAAUGGUCACAAAUGAGUCCCCGCUGAAAUAUUUAUUCAGACCAGAGGAAGUAGAGCUGCUUAUCUGUGGAAGCAGGAAACUUGACUUUGAAGCACUUGAAAAGACAACAGAAUACGAUGGUGGUUAUAGCAAAGACAGUCAAAUUAUCAAAGACUUCUGGGAAACUAUUCACUCAUUUGGAGAGGAGCAGAAGAGGUUUUUUCUUCAGUUUACCACCGGCACGGACAGAGCGCCGGUUGGAGGGCUUGGAAAAUUAAAGAUGAUCAUCGCCAAGAACGGCUCUGACACAGACAGACUACCAACCUCUCACACCUGCUUUAACGCACUGCUGCUCCCUGAAUACUCCACCAAGGAGAAACUGAAGGAGAGACUCCUCAAGGCCAUCACUUACGCCAAAGGCUUUGGGAUGCUGUGACAGAUCCAAAGGAAAAUUUUUGGACUGCGUUUGAACAAAAAAAAAAAGGGAGUAUCACAAAAACACAUAGGGAAACGCCAUGAACAAAGAAAAUGCUGCAAUAACUUUGUGCCUAACCAAACUCCUGCAGCCACCAUUCAUUGGCCUUUCACGCUGAGGCCUCACUUCCAUUUAGAGCCACUUUCAUUUACAUUAGAUUCUCCAAAGAAUUUAAAACUUCACUUAAAUUGUUGUUUUUUUCACAUGUGUUUUGUUUUCUGAGCAGACAUAAGUAAUGUUUGGUUUGUGAAACUGUGAAAGUGCACUUAUACACAGCACAUACAGUAUAUUUAUUUAGUUUUCUCAUGUGUUUGCAGUCUUGAAAAUGUAGCAGUAUUCAGUCCUCAGGCUCUUUUCCCACUAGAGUGCUCUGCUCAUAAUGGUGCUCUUUGGCUACGGUUGUCAUUGUAGUAUGUUAAGGUGAAGCCUUUUAUAUUACUGCUAAUACAAAUACCCUAAAGCUUAUAUUUAAAGUAUUUCGAGUGAGUGUGACAACAAACUGUCCGCUGACACUGAGUUGAUUUUAUGGUUGUAUUCUAACAGUUUUAAUUUUGUCGUGCCUCUUGUAUUGCAUAUGAAAUUAAUAGUGUUUGUCGUGUGAUUGCUGACAGGGUUUCAGAAUGUAGUCACUGGCUGCUCGGUUCAGACUUUCACAUCCUGAAAAAAGUAUUUCUCUUCUCUUGGCUUAUUUGCUAAGAGUUUUUGAUCGCACACUUAUAAGUGCAGUCGCCAAAUGUGCAAUGCCUAUAUGAAGAAAAAAGUCACAUGAAAUGUUUUAUUUGGCCAAAUAUCUCAGGUACAUAAAGAAUGUGCAGAUAAUGUGAAACUCUUCUGUAAAUCUACUAUUAUGCAAAAUAAAAGAACAGUAAUCUACAAA